AUGCGUCCAUCCACAUCCCGAUGUAUGGUCGGCUCAUCGGGAUAUCCGAUGGCUCCACCCCAUGAUAAAUACAAGACAAACAAAUCUACCUACCAGAAGGCACAUCGCACCGAUACUAUCAAUCAAAGAAAACCACAUCUCAGCUCCAUGGAUUCCCCAUUCACGCUAAGAACGGAUUUGUAUCCGCCCAUCUCUCCCGAUAAGCUUACCGGCUCGCUGAAGGGCAAAAACGCCCUCAUUACCGGCUCGGGCAGAGGCAUCGGUCGAGAAGUCGCGCUCGCACUGGCUGCAGCUGGCGCCAAAAUCGCCAUCACUGCUCGCACCGCCAGCGAAGUGGAAGCGACCAGGGCGGAGGUCCAGGAGCUCAUUUCCGGAGCGGGGAAGGUGAUUGGGAUUACCGCGGAUCUUCUCAAACGCGAGGACCAGGAGCGCCUCGUUCAGGAAUUCCACGACCAACUAGGUCCAAUUCACCUCCUUAUCUUGAAUGCGGGGAACAACAUCUUCCAGCCCUUUCAUCUAACCGAGGCGGAUGGCUGGUGGGAUGUCAUGGAACUGAACGUGCGCGCCCCUGUGGAGCUUACCCGGCUAUUCCUACCGGAAAUGAUGCGACAAAACGAGGGCACUAUCAUCUAUACUUCUUCCCGUGCUGCGAAAGCCGAUCUCCCCUGGACUUCGAGCUAUAAUUGUGCGAAGACGGCUAUCACACGGUUCGCAGGAACGCUGCAUGCGGAACUUGAGCAGCUCCAACCGAAGGAGCACAACACUGCCAACAAAAUAGAGGUCUUUAGCAUUCACCCCGGCGAGAUUGAGACGCAACUGCACCAGACGGCAUUUCCGCAGAAAACACGGAAUGAGGCCCCGUACGUGGUGGAGCUACUAGAACGCUUAGGCCGGACUCGGCCGCACUUUGCGCCACAACUGCCGGCUUGGACAACUGUAUGGCUAUGUGCGGGCAAAGGUGCGGGUCUAAAGGGCCAGUUUAUUGAUUGUACUAGAGACGUUGAGGAGCAACAGGAUGCGUUUGUGGAGAGCAAGAAGUAA